ACAUAGCGAAGAAGCACAUAUCCACCACGAUACGCCUUUCUCACGUCCCUGCAUCGCUCGCUCUCUCUCUCUCUCUCUCUCUCUCUCUCUCUGAGUGCCUCUGUAUCACUGUUCUGAAGAACAUCAUGAGUAGUCCCCAGGACGCCGCCACUCCUUUCGACUUUCCGGUGGCAAAUCUCCCCAGAAGACCCGACUCCGAGGACGCCAGGUUGAACAGCAAUAUCUUGCUCAUAGCUAUUAUCUCCUUGUCAAUCGUCUUAGCCCUCGUCUUCGCCCUUCAUCUCUACGCCAGGUACGUCCUCCGCCGCCAAGCCCGCCGUCGCGCCGCCAUACACCAUCUCAGCCUCGCCGUCGCCAGAUACUCCACAGGCGAUCCGCCAAACAACACCGGGCUCGACCCCACCGUCAUUGCCUCUCUCCCCACCUUCGUCUUCAAACGAAGCAAAGACAAGUCUCGGAACGAAAACAGCGACGAUGGCGGCGACCGCUGUGGAGAUUCCUCUGUGAUGGAAUGCUCUGUUUGUCUAAGCAAUCUGGAAGAUGGAGAAGAGGCGAGGCUGCUUCCAAAUUGCAGGCACGUGUUCCACGUGGCCUGUAUUGACAGGUGGCUGUCGUCUCAUUCGACGUGCCCGAUUUGUCGAACGAUGGCUCGGCCGGUGCUUGAGCCCCGGCCACGUGAGGGUCCAGUCGGCCGGGCCAGGCCUGCCGCUAAUGACUUACCGAUGGCUCCGCCUGCGGACCCUGCUGCAGAAGGUACGUCAGACGGCAGUGGAGCUAAAAACAGCGGUUCGAUUUCAAGGUUGAGCUCCUUCAGAAGAAUACUUAGUAGAGAAAGAUCUUCCAGAAGAAUCCAACCUUCUUCUUCUUCAUCUACCAUCGAUGAUAAUAUUGAUCGUGAUUUGGAGAGACAGUGAUUCAUCCUGAGUUCAUUUUUUUUUUUGCCAUUUUCUUAAUUGAUUUUGUGGUUAUACAUUUUUUUUUGGGGCAAAAAAAAAAAAAAAAGGAUUUGGGACAUAUUGGGGAGGUGUAUCGUCUGGCCAAUCUUUCGUAAAUUUAAUUAAUUUAGCAGUAAAGAGGGUAUUGUAUAAAAGAAGAAAAGUGAGAGGCAGAAUGUGUUUCAACUUUCAAUUUUGUAAUACAUCUCAUUGUCCAAAAAUACAAGAGAAAUUAUGUUUUGGC